UAACUAAUCUUUCAAAACAAAAUUAUUAUAAUUUUUAAUGUUUAGUAACACCAGGUUUCACAAACUUUCUGAUUUUUUACCUGCUAGUGAAACAAUUACAAGAACAAUACACAAAAGCUCUUUUCCCUUCUCAAACAUCUAUUUAACCUACAAAACGUGAUCUGUGAUCAGUUAGAUGUGUCAGUUUGAUAUGAUUUAUACCAGGUGAACUAAAAAAAAGCUAAGAUAGAAUUCAUAUCAAUCUUAAAUUAUUAACCUUUGUCGUGUCGAAGAAAUAUAAUUUCCUGGAAGAGAGAGAUAAGAAUUCUUUCAAGUCUGAAAAGAUAAUUACAAAAUAUUAAUUUCAUGUAAUCUUCUUUCCAUAAUUCAAGGUGUUUACUUUAUAAAAUAAACAUCACGUUUCACUAUAUUUUUUUCAUUUGUACGAAAUGGGCUGCUCAAUCGCAGCUGUUAAACACAAAACUCAACCAAUAUGUGCAGGACGUCAACACAGAAGUCUUAAUUCCAGACCAUCUAUAACUUUCACAGACGCAAUUAGCAGGCUAGAUCUAAAUGAACGACAAAUAUUUCAACUUCAGCAGUCAUGGAAAGCAAUCUCUCGGAAAAUGGAAUAUACAGGAAUUAACAUGUUUAUUAGAAUAUUUGAAACACAUGCUGACCUCAAGAAAUUUUUCUUUAUGGUUGAAAAUUGCACUACUAUUUCUGAGAUGAGAGAAUCAAAGGGUCUUGCCAAACACGUGUUAAUGGUAAUGAAUACUCUAGAUGAUACCAUUUACAAUCUAAACGACAUGCAGUAUGUUAUAGACUUACUUUACGACAUCGGGAAACAACAUCGAACGUUUUCGGAUUUUAGACGGGAAUUCUUUUUGAGAAAAGCCCUUCCUAGAAAAGAAAAGUGGCUCGAGUCAGUGACGGAACCGUUCCUAUUGGCAGUAAAAGAGACACUUGGUGAUAGGUAUACAAGAAAUAUGGCAACAGCUUACCGAAGGCUCAUACAAUUUGUUAUUGCAAAUAUAUUCCAAGGAUUCGGUGAUAUGUCGACUGAAAAAAAGAAAAUCCCAGACGGAUAAGCAGGAAUAUCUAUGAAAAUAUUUCUCAAGCGAAACAGAAUUAACUACUUUAAGUGCUGUGAGAAUUUUUUGGUGCUCAAAGAACGUCCACCAAGAGCGAUGCACCUUGUCUUUAUAGGGAAU